CCCCACUAGGGGGCUGCUCGCUGGAAAAUCUCUCUCACCGAAUUAUGUCAUUUUGGGUCCAAAGUACACGAGUCCCCCUCCUACUGAAGCCCAGCCCCUUAUACAGCGGAAGCGGAAGCAGCGUGCACAGGGAUGGACAAACUGAUAAACUGCAUGUAUAAGAAACCUCAUGCUACCACAAGAUUAAUCUGCUUCCCGUGGGCCGGAGGAGGAUCCAUAUACUUUGCCCAGUGGGGCAGAUUAUUCGACGAGUCAGUAGAAGUAUAUUCAGUAAGGCUUCCUGGAAGAGAGUCCCGUGCUCAAGAACACUUUGCCGAGAACAUGGACCAAAUUGUUGAGGAGGUUACCCAUGCGUUGCUUCCACAGCUUCGGGAGAAGUCUUUUGCAUUUUUUGGCCACAGCUUUGGGUCCUAUACCAGCUUUGCCGCUGCAGCACGACUGAAAGAGACCUACGGUUUGGAACCCGUCCACCUCUUCGUGUCUGGGACGUCGGCACCCCAUUCCAAAUCCCGAUACUCUGUGCCCAAAAGGUCAGGGCUGAGUGACGAGGAGUUUCUCCGGUGGAUGUCGGUAGCAGGGGGAACUCCUCUGGAAAUCCUGCAGCACAAAGAUGCCGUUCAGCUGUUUGUCCCACCUCUGAAGGCCGAUCUUCGAGUGGUUGAAUCUUUUGUUUAUGAAAAGCCUGCGGCCCACGUCUUGUCGUGUGGAAUAACGUGCUUUGAUGGUGCAUCUGACACUCCACAUGAUUUAGAGGCAUGGAAGGACCUCACCAGCGGAGAUUUUAAUAUUCACAAGCUUCCAGGCGGUCAUUUUUAUUUGAAGGAUCCAGACAAUCAAAAUCAGCUUGUGAAAUACGUCUCGAAGUAUCUAGAAACUGCUGACAUGAGCUAUUUGUGAAUCACGCUGUAUAAAAAAGGAGUGAUGUAAAAGAUACCUGGAAUAGUUUGCUGAGCUACAUGCAUGCUAUGACAUCAUCGGUCAUGUCCUCAUGUGCCUGAAUUGGCUUUAAGACAAUUUUUUUUUACAUUGGAACAAAACCUGUAUUCUUUUAUACCAGAGGAACCCGUCUUUGCUUGUAAUUUGAUCCAUGUAGUAUUCACAUACCGUAUAUUGUAUUACGGUAUAUACAUGCCCUCUGGUUAUGGACAGAGGUGAUGACAUCUAGCGGAGAACGAGUGCAGAAGCUUUGCUAAGUUUUAAAUCAGAUCUGUCACACUAGGACAGAAAAUUCAUUGCUUUCUAACAUGUUUUUACAUUGUUCUCAAAACAAUCCCUUGCUUUUAAAUGAAAUAUCUCCAAAAAGGACUCUGGUCCAGAAAAGACGCAGGGUGGUGGUUUAAUGAGCUGCGAAAGCUCCACGUCCUUUUCUUAUGUAGAGAACACUAGUUCUGGGACUGGCCCGGGACAGCUGCGGAAUCUGGUACUGUAGUUAUAACCAAUGUUUGCUUAACAUUUUAAUAGAUAUUAAACAUUUCACAAGCUU